UCCGAAAGUGUCUCUCGAGUUUCCGUAGAUCAUGGCCUCAUCGUCUUGCCCAAGCGCCAGAAGCUUCUUUAUCCCAAAGUCGGAAACAAGCUCUCCGAUGACUCGCUGUUGCUCUCUCAGAUCCCGAGAAUGAAAUGAAUUGAAAGUUUUGGAUUUUUAUUUUAAUUCAGUACAACGGAAGAUGAUAUAAUAGUAGAUCAAGCGACAUCUCAGGACAUUGUUGAUGACUUUGAGCUUGGUAAGGACGAAAUGGGUUGAUGUUAAAGACAAAGAGCUUAACAAGCAGAAGCUGAGGAGAAGAAUUGAUCAGUACAAGGAUUCAAAGAUUUUGAUGUCUAAAAAUAGAAUGAUGGAUAAAGGAAAAGGAGAAGGAAGGCCUUAAGAGGGACAAAAGGACAUAAGCGCAAAACAUGGCGACCCUUUGGUUCAUUGUUUGGAAGAAGAAACAUCCUGAGGAUCAACAUCAAUCUCUCUCUCUUUCUGUUCCAUCACGGUAAAAGUAAAACAAAGACAAACACUUUGUGUUUGAGGGAGGAUCAAUGGCGAAGAUGAGAGCUGAUGCUCCGGUGAUGCCUCCGGAGACUCUUCCUCGGAGCAGUGAGGUGGGAGAGAUUGACACACGUGCUCCCUUCCAAUCCGUUAGAGACGCCGUUAGUUUAUUCCGUCAAGUUAGCUUCCCAAAGCAGCAGCAACAACAACAACAACAGCGUCUCUCCUCCUCCACCUCAUCCUCUCAGGAUGCACCGGAUGUGUCGGCCGAAAAGGAGACGCAGCUUCUAUUAGCAGAACAAGAAAUGGAGAGAGUCCAGCUAUGUCUUGAUACCUCUGUCAAAGCGAAAGCAAAAGCACUCUCCGACCUCGACUCUGCUCAGAGGAAGGCAUCUGAUUUGAGGGCUAAACUAGAAGCCACCAAACAAUCCAGAAAAUCCGCCAUCAUGACCAAACACACAAUGACUCAACGGUUAGAGCAGCUCCAAUCCGAAAACCAAGAAACAGAGAGCGUAAGAGAGGAUUACAUCUUAUCCACCGCAGAGCUGUUCAUGGCGAAGCGGGAGCUAAAGGAAAUCAAACAAGAAUUCAGCAUUUCCGUGGAAGAGAGGUUAGCUGAGCUUCAAAAAGCAGAGGAAGCAGAGUGUUCAUCAGUGGUUAACUCCCGAAAGAUCAAAGACAUGACGGAGGAGAUAGCCGAGAUGCGGGACACUGUUCUGAGACUGAACACCGAUGCUGAUAAGAAAAAGGAGGAAGAGGUAAAGAUAAACGAGGAGAGAAUGGCUGCGAGGGAAACUUACGCGGCAAGGAAGCGAGAGGCUGAGCAGAGGCUGGAGGAUCUGAGGCGAGAUUGCGACCCUGAACUGAGGAAAGAGAUAGAUGAGCUAGCGGAGAUAUCCGCGGGGAACGAGCGUUUACAGGAGGAGAUCAAACUCGCUCGUGAACUCAACGAGGCCAAGAGCGAGAUGCAAGAGAUUUGCGAUGAAGAGAGAUCAUACAAAAGCUUGGUGGGGUCGCUGACGGUGGAGCUGGACGGAGUGCAGAGAGAGAACAGAGACCUGAAGGAAAACGAAAAGGAGAGACGAGAAGUCGAGGAAGGAGAAUGGGUUGAAGCGAGCCGUAAGGUCGAAGUAAUAAUGCGUGAAGCAGAGGAAACAAGACAACAAGCUGAAGAGAUGAGGAUGCUCGUCGACGAACUCAGGAGAGAAGCAGCAGCCACGCAUAUGUCGAUGGGUGAAGCAGUGAAACAGCUGGAGAUAGUUGGAAAAGCCGUGAAGAAAGCCAAAACGGCUGAGAAGAGAGCUGUGGAAGACAUGAGAGUGCUUACCGAUAAGAAGGAGAGCUUGACGCAUGGUGAGCCUGACAAGAAGAUUAGGAUAUCGCUGAAAGAGUACGAGGAGUUGAGAGGGAGGCAUGAAGAGUCGGAGAGAAUGGUACAGUACAAAGCGAAAACGGUUGCUGCGCAGCUGGAAGAGAUCAACGCGAGCAGAGUGGAAGGGGAGAGAAUGUUGGAGGAGAAGUUGAAAGAGAUCGAAGAGGUGAAUGAUGCGAUUGAUGCUGCUUUGAGAAAUGCAGAGAUCGCAGAGGAAGCACACUGCAUCGUCGAUGCUGAACUUAGAAAGUGGAAACCACAAGAAUUGUAGGAGAUGAUGAUGGUAUUGAUGGUUUAGGUGAUUAGGGUACUUACUAGAAUGUCCAUACCAACAUAUAUAUACAUAUGUUGAUAAUCUACUCAGAGUUGUUGAUAAGUGCAUUUAUACUGAAACAAAGACUUGAAACAUAAUUUUUAAGGCCAUCUCUCUUUUGUUCACGUUUGGAUGUGAAAUUGAACAUAAUAUUGUAAUAGACUAGGAAAUGCAUACAAGAUACA